AUGAUAUAUAGACACUUGGGCAGAGACCAAGGAUCUGGCUCCCUUCAAUGGACUCGGAGGAUUGAACUUGAAGGGAUUUUUGGGUGGGUUCCAGUGCCUGGGCCCAGCCCUUCGGUAUGCCUAGAACUCGAUGAACUCUUUGGUGAAGAUGCAGAGAUUGCAAAGGAGAUUAUCAGAGAUUGGCUAGCAGAGGCGUGGUACGAAUAUCUUCGCUGCUUUGAACUGACCAAGCGUCUUGAGAAGAGGGAAUAUGGGAAAAAAUCCUUCUUCUACCGCAUCGAAAACGGCAUGCUUGUAGAUGAUCCUGAACUAGAACUUCUGCCCGAUGAGAUGGUGCACGCAUCUGUUGAAAGCGAGUUGUUGAGCGUGCAGUUCCCUGCCCCCGAGGCAGAGGCGGGUGAUGUCUAG